GAGGAUGUGUGGGAUUGGGAGGGCGCCAGAACAGGCACAUGCUGUUGCCUGUGCACACCAAAUCAGGGAAUCUGGGGUCAGCCUGCAGAUAGCCAAUGUACUGGAGUCAGAGGUGGGGUCAGCCUGCAGAUAGCCAGUGUACUGGAGUCAGAGGUGGGGUCAGUGGGACAAAGAACAGAGUUAAGGAGAUGACUCCAAACCACAGAGGACUGGGCCACGAGGAGUGAUCAGGACGCAGCCUUCAAGGGCUGCAGGAAGUGGAGAGUCCUAGUUGAGGCUGUAGACAGAGCCAGGCCCAGAUGGACACAGCAGUGACUCCACACACAGUCCUGCCUCUGUUAUUUGGAGGGUGGACACCUGCCAGGGCCCUCCUCCUCACUUGGCUGCCACUGCGAGAUCCUCUGUCACAGAGUGGCUUUAGGUUUCUCCUGUCCCCGCCCCCAACUCUGCAAGAUGGAGCUGUUUGCUUGCUUUCUGCUUUUUGCUUCUGAGCCUUUGGUCCUAGGAACUGCCUCAAUUGAAGAGGUCAGUUGAGUUUGGCCUCCAUGAAGCAUCUGGGUCCCAGUGUGAGGCCUGAGCUUCCUCUUGGAAUGGUUUGGAGGGUGGUGCAGACUUGUAGGACCAACUCUGACUCUGCCCUGCACCAGAGCACAAUGGCGCCCACCCCGGUAGAGUCCUUCACAGGCGGGUCCCAGGACGCACAGCAGAAAAGAGUCUUACUGCUCACCGUCCCGGGCAUGGAGGAGACCCGGUCUGAGACGGACAAGACCCUUUCUAAGCAGUCAUGGGACUCAAAGAAGACGGGUUCCAGGCCCAAGUCCUGCGAGGUUCCUGGGAUCAACAUCUUCCCAUCUGCAGAGCAGGAGAGCACAGCAGCCCUGAUCCCCGCCACCCACAACACAGGGGGCUCCCUCCCUGACCUCACCAACACCCAUUUUCCCUCCCCACUCCCGACGCCGCUGGACCCCGAGGAGCCCCCGUUCCCUGCUCUCACCAGCUCCAGCAGCACCGGCAGCCUUGCACAUCUGGGCCUCAGCAGCACUGGUCAGGGUGUGAGCACCCCCAGCUCUUCUCCACAGCACCGGCCAGCAGUCAUCAAUCCGCUGUCCCUGAGCACAGAGGCCAGGCGGCAGCAGGCCCAGCAGGUGUCACCCACCCUGUCCCCGCUGUCACCCAUCACUCAGGCCGUGGCCAUGGACACCCUGUCCCUGGAGCAACAGCUGCCCUAUACCUUCUUCACCCAGGCUGGUUCUCAGCAGCCUCCCCCACAGCCCCAGCCACCACCUCCUCCUCCGCCUGUGUCGCAACAGCAGCCACCACCCCCACAGGUGUCCGUGGGCCUCCCCCAGGGUGGCCCAUUGCUGCCCAGUGCCAGCCUGACAAGAGGGCCCCAGCUGCCACCGCUGUCAGUCACUGUCCCGUCCACUCUCCCCCAGUCUCCUGCAGAGAACCCCGGCCAGUCACCUAUGGGGAUCGACGCCACCUCGGCCCCGGCUCUGCAGUACCGCACGAGUGCAGGCUCACCCGCCAACCAGUCUCCCACCUCUCCAGUCUCCAAUCAAGGCUUCUCCCCUGGAAGUUCCCCGCAACACACAUCCACCCUGGGCAGCGUGUUUGGGGACGCGUACUAUGAGCAGCAGAUGACAACCAGGCAGGCCAAUGCUCUGUCCCGCCAGCUGGAGCAGUUCAACAUGCUGGAGAACGCCAUCAGCCCCAGCAGCCUGUAUAGCCCAGGCUCCACACUCAACUACGCCCAGGCCGCCAUGAUGGGCCUGAGCGGGAGCCAUGGAGGCCUGCAGGACCCACAGCAGCUCAGCUACCCGGGCCACGGCGGGAUUCCCGACAUCAUCCUCACGGUGACAGGAGAGUCCCCCCCCAGCCUCUCUAAGGACCUGAGCAGCACAUUGGCAGGGGUCAGUGAUGUUAGCUUUGACUCGGACCAUCAGUUCCCACUGGAUGAACUGAAGAUCGACCCUCUGACGCUGGACGGACUUCAUAUGUUGAAUGACCCCGACAUGGUCCUAGCCGACCCGGCCACCGAGGACACCUUCCGAAUGGACCGCCUGUGAGUGGUCGUGCUUGCCACCCACCGCUGGUCAGUCCCCGACAGCGCCGCUCCAAACCUGGGGAUGGCAAUGUUCCGUCCUCCUUUGCCAACGGCCAAGCUUGUGGUUCUGAGCUUGCAAUGCUGCCCAGCACCCCCUGCCAGCCACUACCCUGGUUGUUCACCUCCCUGAUGCCUGGCGUGAGGCCACUGUGUACCAGGCCAGCUAUCUGUCCAUCUGUCCAUCCAGUUGGAGCCAACUGAUCACAGGGACUGUGAGUGCCUGGCCCACAUGGACUUUCCCCACGCUCGCUCCCGGGCCCCUUGUCGGGGAUGAUGGGGCCCUCCUCAGUGGUCCACUUCCAAGAUACCCAAAGUGUCACUCACUCCCAAAUGUGCUGCACAGGCCGGGCUGGGGCCUGAGCGUGGGAGUGCCCCAAGAGGCUGAGGUGCACCGUCCAUUCAACUGUUCUCAGCUGUCACUGCCUCUUUUCAUCCCUGCCCCUCCUCUACCAUCACCCCCAGUCCUGGUCAGGUCACGCAUGCCCACCAUGCCCAGGGCGAAGACAACAGAGCAGAGGAACAGACCUGGAGCAGAAUAAACACUAUUGGAUGGCUGCCUUUCAUAUUCCUGAGCGCUCUCAGAGCAUGACAAUUGACCUGUGGUCAAAUGUGGUGUGGUCAGAGCCCGCUGAAGCAGCCAGUGUCCCUCUCCUUGAUCCUCUUUCAAGCACCCUUUGCCUACUGCCAGACAAUGCCUAGCAUUGCAAUACAGGGCAGACGGAGGGUCAUAGGCUGGCUGCUCACUUCCAUCCUUACUUCCCAGUCCUGAUUGGUCCUUACUGCUGCUUAGGAUCUGGGGCUCAGGCGGCAGCAACCCUGUGGGUUUUGCUUUUCCUUGAGUUUGUAUUAACGUUUGGUGGCUGACCCUCCAGCCUCUCUGGCCUGGAAGCAUGUGUUAACCCCAGUCCCACCUUGACCUUUUUUCUUUUCUUUUUUUUUUCCCCAAGCCGGGCUGCCUGCACGUCACUCACCUGCACUCAGUCUCAACUUCAAAGAGCUGGAUGGGCAAGGAGGGGACUGGAUGUAAGGUCCUGGUGACAAAACUGUAAGAACCACAGAACAGACUUCUAGGAACAAGUCUUGACUUUCACUGGGGACCUCUGGAGAACCCAUUUCCUCUGAGCAUCCCCAAGGUGCCAGCCUGGCCUCAGUAGUUGGCUGGUUGCCACAUCUCCAUGCUGACUCUGUGUUGGAGCUGUGGACCUGGCUUGUCUUCUGUGGGCCAUUUUAGCCUGGAAGCUCUGAUCCCCACGACUCUGAGUUACAGCUGAAGGCUGUCUUAGACCUUUUCCCACCAGGGCCGCACCUUUUGCUCGAUAGUUUCUCAGUGAUUUCGCUCACUGCCCGUGCUGGGGGCUUGGGGAGCACGGGAACUGUGUGUGUCUUUCCCUAAGCCCCUCUGUGACUGCCUGCAUGAGAAAGCUGCUGCCCCUCCAUCACCGUGCCCACCCCGUUCCCAUGGACAUUGGUUUGUCCAGGUCUCAGGCCUUUCUGUCACCAUGGUGCAUGCUUGGAGGUAAUAGUAGGGACAUCACCAUCAUCCUCAUUAGGAAGCAUGCAUGGAGAGUGGAGGCCUGCCUGAGCUGUGUGAGACCCUGUUGGAGUCUGGUUAUCUCCAGGUGUAGAAACCUGAACAAACAGCCUUAGCAAGGCAGAGAGCCAGAGGCAGUUGUCAGGCAAGGCCUGGCUUCCAGGAACCAGUCACUGGUCUAUCAGGUUCUCAGUGAGCUGGGGCAGGAGGGACAUGGCCCCGUGACUCCCCCAUGCUUGUGGCCUGGUUUUCAACACCCCGCAGCCAGGAGUGUGCAUGUAGCUGCGUUAGCGUGAUUCGGUUCAUUGCCAAGUUCCUUGAUGGGGUGAUGGGGCCCCAGCCAGGGGUUAGGUGUUUGUGUGUUCUGGAUGGACUCACUCUCCCCCACCCUGGGCCUAGAGACUUGGUGGCAGGGGAACCUCUGGGGGUAGUCUUUGUUUUCUAGAUGUCAGUCAUCUUGCGUAGUAUUGCCAAGCCAUCCCGAGUCAGGGCUGUGGGGACCCCCAGCUGGUGACAUGACAUACUGACCCAUCGAACUGUGUCGGGAGCAGCUAUCCUGGAAUCCCUGCAACAUGUACAUAGACCUCUGCCCACACCCAUGCUUUCUCAGGACAGGUUUGGACACCUGGCCUUUGCCCGCAGACCUCACCCACGUGCCAUCGUCUUCAGCCGAGCCUCAGCCAUGAGGCUGUCUGACCCAUUUCCCCAUUUCAGAACAAAGUGGAGCACUAUGCUCAGAUGCCUCAAUUUACCUUGCCGUUUCAGCCCCUGGGGCAGUGGUUAUCCACCCACAGGCCUCCAGACAGAGGAGGCAGCUGCACCCAGACCAUUUCUGUGUCCCCUCCAAGCAACAGGCCCCGUCGAUGUCCCUUCUCUGUGGCACCAUUCAGUGCCAGGGAGGGCUCUCAAGUUCAUUGCAUACUUAGCCUGGCCUUCAGCUCUUUGAAAGACUCUUACAGGGGCCCUAGCGAGACCCACACGCCACCCCCAGCACGCCAGGAUGGCUGGCAGCUGUCACAGUGGACCUAGUACAGGACAAGAACAGGCAGAAGGUACGGAGGCAGCCACAUGUGCUAAUCCUGACCACUGUUCUUACCACAGUAGACAUGGAGUUGGUUCACUGCAUCCUGGGUUUUCUGGUUUUCCUAAGAAAAUUUCUGUGCCCAAUAGAGCCACAGGUGGAGAGAGCUGGUGGGAUCAGGGUCCUGGUGGAACUGUGGUGCAGGCGUGGGUAUUGUCUAUUGCCUGUUGUCCCUCAAUAGGUGUCUAGGUGGGGGCACCUGGUGCAGAAUCUGUGUGGUCUGAACUGCUAGAGGGAGGUGUGGCCUUUUCCAGACCCCAAGGCCUGCCUCAAGUGUGGCGGUACCUAGUCCUUUUUAUACCCUUUCUCCUUGUCCCCUGGGGUCCCUACUUCCUUCAGGAAUCUCCUGGUGGAUGACUUGGAGCCCCUGAUCACUGCUGUCUCAGGCAUGGCCCUCAGUGUGGCACAAAUGCUCACCACCCCAUUGGUCAUAGCUGCGUCUCCUCAUUGGGGCAGAAGGUGUGCCCUCUCCAACCUGGGUGCUGGGGUACUCCCAACAGCAAGGGGUUCCCUGAACCUCAGUUUCCCUUCCAUUGCUUUUUCAAACUCGUUGGGCUCAGGGGCCCAACUCUCUGGACAGGGUGGAGAGAGCAGCACCUCUGAACUCAGCCUUUCCCUGGGACUGGAGAUCCGUCACAUGCAGUAGAGGCAUGCCCCAUCUCUUGGGGCUCUAGAAUCCCAGGGUGACCAAGGGCCAGCCUAAUCCAUCCCAACUGAUCACAUGGGGGACAUGAGGACAGAGCUGUGGCCUUAAAUCCAGAGGCCAGCUUUGGUUCUCAGGCUAUAUCUCACCCCUUCGUAGGAAACAGAAUGCCAUGGGCUGGGCAGUCCCUCUGAUAUAUGCAAAUGGCUGGUCCCACACCCCCUCCCUGUGCCCACGCUGGCUCUGCCCCCAGCAUGCGCACUCUGCUGCUGUGGAUGUCUGUGAACUAUUCACAUGGACACAGCAGUUGGGGGUCAGGUUGCUCAGGGCACGCACGGCUGCCCACCCCACCUUCUGGCGCAGACGCUUCUUUGUAUUUUUGCGCCCUUUGUAAUGAAAUGUAAUAAAAACCCAAUGUUUUCGUC